AAAUCUCUCUCAUUUAAAAACACACACACACACACACACACACACACACAUCCUCUUCUUCACACUCCAGUUGACUUUGACUUUCAGAAAAACAUGACAGGAAUGGUAAUGCUAACAGCACGAAGAGGAGCAGGGGAUUGCUGCGGCGGCGGGCGAGCAGAAGCAGCAAAAACACUUGAUGGGGGUGUUAAUGAAAUAGAAGAAGAAGAAGAAAAUCAGAUAUCGUUAGUUGCAUUGUUGAUUGCAGCGUUGCGGAAAUCGAUGGUGGCGUGUCGUGUGGAAAGCAAUUCGGGAUCAAUGGAUGAACAAGAGCAACAAGAAAAGAAUCGGAAGAUGGAGAUGGAAAUAGGAUGGCCAACAAAUGUGAAACAUCUGACACAUGUUACAUUUGAUAGGUUUCAUGGUUUUUUAGGACUUCCUGUUGAGUUUCAAGUUGAAAUCCCUUGUCGUGUUCCCAGUGCUAGUGUUAGCGUGUUUGGUGUCUCAGCAGAAUCAAUGCAAUUGUCCUAUGACCCAAGAGGAAACAGUGUCCCUACUAUUUUGUUGCUGAUGCAGGAAAGGUUAUACGCACAAGGUGGUCUAAAGGCAGAAGGAAUAUUCCGUAUAAAUGCAGAAAAUAGCAAAGAGGAGGAAGUGCGAGACCAGCUAAACCGAGGCAAUGUUCCUGAAGACAUCGAGGUUCAUUGUCUCGCGGGUUUGAUUAAAGCCUGGUUUAGAGAACUGCCAUGUGGCGUGCUUGAUGGGCUUUCUGCCGAAGAGGUACUGCAGUGUAACACAGAAGAGGAGUGUGCUGAGCUGGUGAAACACUUAAAUAAGACCGAGGCUGCAUUGCUGAACUGGGCAGUUGAUCUUAUGUCUGAUGUCGUUGAGCAUGAAGAAUCCAAUAAAAUGAAUGCCAGAAACAUUGCCAUGGUUUUUGCCCCAAACAUGACUCAGAUGUCUGAUCCAUUGACUGCACUAAUGCACGCGGUGCAAGUCAUGAACUUACUCAAAACACUUAUCACCAAAACCCUAAGAGAACGUGAAGAAGCCGCCACAACAGACGGAGGAUACUCCCCAAUGUCAUACCGUUCGGAUGAAAGCCAAGAAGAAAUGGAAACCAGCGGUGAGCUAAGGAGACAACCAUCAUCAGAAGACGACAAUGACGAAGACGAAGACGAAGUUGAGUCACUAAGCGAAAUAGAAGAAAGCUUCUUAAAACGACUUAUGGAAAACAAAAAUGCCAAAGAUUGUUUCAAGAAAGAACUUGGAAACUUGGUCAACCAACGGUCUAGCCCGACUACCGGCUUCGACUUCCAAGAGGAGUCAUCGUCUGCAAUGACCGACGGAUAUAUGAGUGUGAGUCCAGGAGUUGGGACAGAAGUUGAAAUGAUGAACAAGGUUGUGGAAUGUGUUAAAUGAAUUUGGUUAGGUAAUUUUUAUUAUUAUAUGAGAUGCUUGUGGUUCUUUUUGGUUGUAAAUUAUUUAGUAGUUGCAGGCUUGCAGCAGUAGUAAGUAGUGGUCCGAUUGAUCUUGGACAUGUGUUUGGAUUGAGAAGUUGACUUUGGUGUUCAGCUGGGGGCUGAACUUGUUGUUGUGUUUGUUUUAUUGUACUGAGAUUUUAGUAGGUGAAGAUUGGUUUGUUGUAACUUAAAGUCUCUGACUGGACCAUGUAUGAUCAACAGAACAUGGGGUGAUUAAUAGAGUUGCAGUAGUCGUACUUUUCUUUUUAA